GCACCGCCUUUAAUUUUUGCAUGGACACAAAAACUGAAAUAUUUUCAGUUUAUUUAUCGUAUGUGUGAUUAAUUUGAGAUUGCAAUGACUAAAUAUUGAAUGCCAAGUGAUUGCUUUAACUGUUUGCCGUUCCUCUUCGCAGUUUUUAUUUUAUAACGUAAGGACGGUGUAAAAAUUUAAGAAAUCAAAAAUGUCUGAGGAAGGCACUGCGCCACCAAUGGAUGAGAAUGAGAAGAGAAUUGUCAAUGAAUUUUGUCAUCUCCUGGAAAAGUCAAAGCAGCUGUUUAAUGGAUUGAGAGAUUUACCUCAGUAUGGUCAUAAACAAUGGCAGUCCUACUUUGGCAGAACAUUUGAUGUUUACACAAAAUUGUGGAAGUUUCAGCAGCAACACAGGCAAGUUUUAGACGUAAAGUAUGGAUUAAAACGAUGGCAGAUAGGUGAAGUAGCCUCUAAAAUUGGGCAGCUUUAUUACCAUUACUAUUUACGUACAAGUGAGACGAACUAUUUAAAUGAGUCAUUCUCCUUCUACUCAGCAAUAAGAAUGAGAGCCUACUACUCAAAAGCAAACAAGGAAGAAAGACCAGAUUUAAUGGUGAAGAAAUUGAGAUUCUACGCUAGAUUUAUUGUUGUUUGUUUACUGUUGAAGAAAAUGAAACUGGUCAGAGACCUGGUACGAGAGUUGUCGAAGCAGAUAGACGAUUAUACAGGAACAUAUGAACCUGAAGAUCACAUGGAGUGGAAUCUAGUCCUUGGAGAAAUAAAAGCAUUUAUAGAGGCUGACAACCUUAUAUCAGUGGUGGACGUGGAUGCAACUGCCAUUGUUUUAUCUCACAGAUUGACGCCAUUAAAUACCCCACCACUAGACAAAAUGUCACAUGUACAUUUUACAUUGCAAGAAAUCAUUAUAGUUGGCAAUACACAUGAACAGGUUAAGUUCAGUGAGUUGACGUUGGACAUGUUCCGAAUGUUGCAGACGUUAGAACGGGAACCGCAAGAGGAAUUAACCAAUCAGAUAUAUGAUGCAUCUCCGGCACCCGGACGGCAACCAUUUGAGAAUGGUGACAGGCCCAACAAGAGGGAGAAUCCCCACAAAUACUUACUGUAUAAACCUACGUACAGUCAGCUUAACACAUUCCUGGCCUCGGGAUUUAAAGAACUACCUCCUAAUGGGGCCAUGCUGUUGUAUAUAUCGGCAGAUGGUUGCCAUGGAAAUGCAAAACAUACAGAUGAUGCCGCCUAUGACCUUGGAGGUGUGGUAACAAACAGUAGACGUGACGGUGAGGUCACAACUACAACACCCGGUAAGCCUAAACGACCAGGAACACUCAAGGAAAUGCAUUGUUUACAUCCUGGUGACCUGUACCCAUACACAAGAAAACCUUUGUUCAUCCUUGUUGACAGUGACAACAGCUCAGCAUUCCAGCACUUCCCCAACCUAUUUGGACAGCCAGUGGUAUGUCUGUUAUCACCAGAGCAGGUGCCUACCACCAUGCAGGAUAUGAGACAGAAGGGCAACUUGUUCACGUUAUUCCUGCAUUGCCCGCUGAUGGCGUUCUGUCACGUAUGUAGUAUUAUAGAUAUCCCAAUCACGAUGUGGGACAAAUGUCAAAACUACGUGGACAGAUUCAUGGCGGAGGCCAGUAAACUUUUUGUACGAUCAAGAUCCUUAGAUCACGCCUAUAUGCAGUUUAUUGGUGACGAUUUCCUACGUCUGCUAAUGCUCAGAUUUGUCUUCUGCUAUAUUGUUCUCAUUCUUCACCGAGGAUUUAAGGGACCUAGCUUUUAUCCUGUAUCCCACCCACCACUGCCAACGGAGGAAAUUCUGGAACAUCCUACCCUUCGUAAAAUUGUGCUAGAUCUUACCGCAGUCCUUGACUGUCGAGCCCUGUUUUCGGAACCAGGAGAAGGUGAUAUACACGGAGCAACGUGAGGUUAUCCCACCAUUAUGUUAGAACCGGUUUUUUAAUGAAAUUUUUCCAUUCAAAAUACGCAAGUUUUUUUGUUUUUGUAUACAAGAUUUUCUGCUGGAUAUGUUAACGGUGUAUUGACAGUACUUCUUGGAAAAAGGACUUGAAGAGGAACGUGAAAUGACCUGAAUCCAAAGUUAUGGGUUAGAAGGUCGUAUGGGUUUUUUUGUUGGAUUUAUGUACUGCAAGACAAUUAUGGUAUAUAUGUAUAUGAGGAACUACGUAAUUUGAUUUAUUUAUAAAUACACCCGUAUAUAAUCGUGUAUGUUUCUAAAUUGAUUAUUUUUUCUUGUAUUAUUACGACUAUAGAGGGUAAAAACUUUUGUCCCUUUCAUAGAAAAAAUUCUAAACUUGAUCUGUUGAGAACUACGGCAAAAAAAAAGACCAACACGGACAAAACCAAAAAAACAUUCCAAGAUAUGAUUUUUAUUUGAAAAUGGUAAAAUAAUUUUAUCAAAAUUUCAGAUAGAUUAUUACCUAUUUUACAAUUGAGAGAAAGUUGAUAUAUAUUUAAUUUUUUUGACAUUUGAGCUGCAU